AGCCCACAAGAGAAACAAAGGCCCGGCCCUCACACGGACUAUCCUUAACAAACAUGAACAACAAAACACCACAACAACAACAUUGUUCUCGAUCUGCAGAGUGCAGACGGUCGCGGACGUGAAAGAGGGCUCGAAGCCGAUCGGGUUCGGACAGAGAUCGAUCGAGGCAAUAUAAUGGCUUUUCGGUCUGUGCUUGCAAAGCUGGGGAAUAAUUGUGUUAAAGGGAGUGAAAGAAGAAGAUUGGUUGCGGCCUUUGACACCAGAACCCUAGUCAAGUAUCAUAACAUUUGGGAUGAUGAUGAAUACCAACGGCUGAUGAACGAUCGCAUUGAACUUUUACGUGAAGCUGGUCCUUGGCGGAGGCGUGCUCGUGAACGUUUUCGUGUUCCGCCACAUCGUCAACCUACGGAUAAUCCCAACGUUAUGGCUUAUGCCCAUUUGGCCGUGGAAGAGUUCAACAAACAAAAGAAUGCACAACUUCAAUUUGUGAGAGCGGUGAAGGCAUAUUGCCAGGAGUACGAUGAUACCUGGGGAGAUAAGUACUAUUACCUAACGUUGGAGGCAGUUGAUGCUCAAGUUGUUAAAACAUACCAAGCAGUAGUUCAUGACUCUACUGAGCCAUCGCUCCACAUUUUUGGUCUUGUUACUGAUAAUGGUUUGUUGCAACUAACUGAUAACCAUGUUCGUCCUUCACUUUAUUGCACACUUGACGACCGAGAUGUUCGACGCAAGGGAAGAGGAUAUUCUGAUGAAACAGAGAUAGAGGUCACGCUGCAGACAAGGGGAGGAUAUUUUCUCCAGGAUGAGAUACUUGGCUCGUUGCACGGACUUCCCUCCCAAUAAUCUUGAUUAUUGUCUACUUGGGUAAACUUGAUGUUUAUGAACGUGAGAAUUCUUAGUUUGAAUGUAUCAAUCAUUUGGAUAUUA